ACUCAGACCCGAGCUGAAGCUGCUGCUGCAGAGACGACUCAGUUCUGCUAGCUACAACUCACACACACAGCUGUGCUGGGGGAAACCCAAGCCCCAGGAAGGAUCAAAGGUGUGUGUGUUGGGAAAUAUCAGGCAGCAGACCCAGUCUCUCCCCCACAGUGCAGAACUGGUGCGUGCAUAAUAGCAGCUGUAAUACAGAGAGGAAGAGGGAGCCUUGUUUAUCAGCCUGUAAAGGAAACGUUAUAAAGCCUUUGUCUUGGAAGUAAGCAUCUCAUCCUUGCUGCUGCCACUGCUCCAAUGUGCUGCUGCUGGUGACAUUAAUAUUUUAGGCUGGUUGUGGUUUUUUUUGGUUUCUCCAGGCAUGUCUUGAUAUAGCUGAAAAGGAACUGUUGUUUUAAUACAUUUCCAGCGGAUGUCUUUGACUUUAAAGAUCGCAUUUGAUGUUUGAGACGUCUUUGUGUGUAUGUAUGUGUGAAAUUCACAUGAUCUCAGUUUGAAGGAGGAAGAACUGGAAGAAAGGAGCAGUUGUAUUGGUUUUUCUUCUUGCUGGGUCAUCCCUCCUGGAUGAUAGCGUUGGGGUCUUUUGAACACAUUGUCAAGUACACACUCGACCAGGGGCUUGAUUCAUUUUUUGUGGUUUUGUUUUUGCCGUGAUCAGAGUGCAGAAAUAGCCACUCUUCUCCAGCUUUGCUGGUUUGCAGCAGAAAUAUGCUCUUGAAGGAGUACCGGAUCUGUAUGCCUUUGACAGUUGAAGAGUACAGAAUUGGACAGCUGUACAUGAUCAGUAAGCAUAGCCAUGAGCAGAGUGACCGAGGGGAGGGCGUGGAAGUGGUGCAGAAUGAACCCUAUGAAGAUCCAAAUCAUGGCAAUGGUCAGCUAACAGAAAAGCGGGUCUAUCUCAACAGCAAACUACCUAGCUGGGCCAGAGCAGUUGUUCCCAAAAUAUUUUACAUUACAGAGAAGGCUUGGAAUUAUUACCCAUAUACAAUCACAGAAUACACAUGCUCAUUUUUGCCUAAAUUCUCCAUUCACAUAGAAACAAAAUAUGAGGACAACAAAGGAAGCAAUGACAAUAUUUUUGACAACGAAGCCAAAGAUCUUGAGCGGGAAGUCUGCUUUAUCGAUAUUGCCUGUGACGAAAUCCCUGAGCGCUAUUACAAAGAAUCGGAGGAUCCUAAACAUUUCAAGUCAGAGAAGACGGGGAGAGGCUUCUUAAAAGAAGGCUGGAGGGAGACACACCAGCCGAUCAUGUGCUCCUACAAACUGGUGACUGUGAAAUUUGAAGUCUGGGGACUUCAAACUAGAGUAGAACAAUUUGUACAUAAGGUGGUCAGAGAUAUAUUAAUGAUUGGUCACCGACAGGCUUUUGCAUGGGUUGAUGAGUGGUAUGAUAUGACUAUGGAUGAUGUUCGAGAAUUCGAGAAAAAUAUGCAUGAAAAAACCAACAUUAAAGUUUGCAAUCAACAUUCAUCUACUGUGGAUGAAAUAGAGAGCCAUGCCAAAUCAAGUACAUGACAAUGGAUGAAGUCCGAGAAUUUGAACGUGCAACUCAGGAAGCCACUAAUGAGAAAAUUGGGAUUUUCCCACCUGCAAUAUCU